ACGCCGCGCACAACCCUGGGCGCACGAGCUCUGGAGGCGCUGGAGGCGCCGACGGCUCCGCGGACGGACGCACCGACGGACGGACGUGCGUAGCUCCCCGCGGGCCUCGCAGGAGAGGGAACCUUUUGGCUCGAGGUGGCAUCUGGGCUUGCUGUGGAACCAUGGUGCUGCUCUGGGAGCCUGGAGGAGCCUGGCUGGCCCGGACCCUGGCCCUGGCCCUGGCCCUGGGUGCAGGCACAGGGGCGGCAGCCCCACAGCAGGACUGCACAGGUGUCGAGUGCCCGCCGCUGGAGAACUGCAUCGAGGAGGCCCUGGAACCCGGCGCCUGCUGCGCCACGUGUGUGCAGCAGGGCUGCGCCUGUGAGGGCUACCAGUACUAUGACUGUCUGCAGGGUGGCUUUGUGCGGGGCCGCGUGCCCGCCGGCCAGUCCUACUUUGUGGACUUUGGCAGCACCGAGUGUUCCUGCCCACCAGGUGGUGGCAAGAUCAGCUGCCAGUUCAUGCUGUGUCCUGAGCUCCCACCCAACUGCAUUGAGGCCGUGGUGGUAGCUGACAGCUGUCCCCAGUGUGGCCAGGUGGGCUGCAUCCACACUGGCCUCAAGUACGCCGCUGGCCACACGGUCCACCUGCCACCGUGCCGGGCCUGCCACUGUCCUGACACUGGUGGUGAGCUCAUCUGCUACCAGGUCCCCAGUUGUCAUGGAGACGUCGAGGCCAUGCCCACUACUGCCACCGGGAACUUCUCAGAGACUGAGGACAGCGACUCUGAGCGACACUAUGAAGACCCCUACAGCUAUGACCAGGAGGUACCUAUAGCAGAAGCGGCAGCAGCUUCGGAGGGCAAGCUUCAGGCAGGCACAGGGGGCCCGGCCACUCCGGGAGGUGGAAGGCAGCCUCUGUCUGCCAUCCAGGCCACCCCCUGGCUGGCCGCCCUCUCUAGGCCAACAGCAGCCGCAGCCCUGGGUCCACCAGCUCCUGUGCAGGCCAAAGCCAGGAGAGUGACAGAGGACAGCCAAAGGGAAGGGGAAGAAGAGAGGGAAAUAAUAGCUGUCAGGGAGCAGCUGGCAGCAGGUGGCCUCAGGGGGCUUGAUGGAUCUCCCAGCACAGGCCCAGCCAGGCCCAGUCUCUCUGUCCAAGAGGAGAGGACAGAUGCUGAAGUAGGGCCCAAAGAGAACCUCAUCCCAGAUGCCCAGGCCACCUCUCAAAGCCCUGGACAGGAGGGAGACAGCCCUGUGCUGGGGUCAAGUACGGCCAGUGUCCUCCAGUCUCAGGCCACGUCGAGUUCUCCUGGAGACCCAACGAAGCCCAGCAACCAUACCAUGCUGACCACACUUCCCCACGAGGCCGCCCAGGUCCUAUCCAUCCAGGAAGUGCCCGAGCAGCCACCGGUUCUGUCCCGUCUUCAUCCAGAGGAGGACGCUGACCCCAACUCUGUCCAUUCUGUCCCCAGAGGUGACCUUGAAGUCUCCACAAAGGACCUGAUCGAGACCUGCUGCGCGGCUGGACAGCAGUGGGGCAUUGAAAAUGACGAAUGCCUUGAAAUCCCUGAGAGCGGUGCUGAGGGUGACGUCUGCAGGACAGCCCAGAAGCACUGCUGUGUGUCGUACUUGAAGGAGAAGAGCUGUAUGGCUGGCAUCAUGGGAGCCAAGGAGGGCGAGGCCUGUGGGCUUGAGGACAGUGACACCUGUGGCGUCUCCUUGUACAAGCAAUGCUGUGACUGCUGUGGCCUGGGGCUCCGUGUGCGGGCCGAGGGCCAGUCAUGUGAAUCCAACACCAACCUGGGCUACCCCUGCAACCACGUCAUGCUAUCCUGCUGUGAGGGCAAAGAUCUCCUCAUUGUGCCCGAAGUCCGCCAUCCUCCGGAGCCUGAGACUGCGCCACAGAGAGUUUCAGAGACGCAGCUGGGGAGCCGGGAGGCCCUGUCACUGGGCAUGGAGACAGAGCUGCCCAAUAGCCUGCCCGGUGAUGACCAGGAUGAGUGCCUGCUUCUCCCAGGGGAGCUUUGCCAGCACCUCUGCAUCAAUACUGUGGGCUCUUAUCACUGUGCCUGCUUUCCUGGCUUUUCACUACAGGAUGAUGGCCGUACCUGCCACCCAGACCAUCGCCCCCCACAGCCAGAGGCUGCAGAGGAGUCUGCACUGAGGCCAGAAUCCUCCCUGGUGCCCCCCAACACCAUCCUGCUACCACGGCCACAACCCAACACCUGCAAAGACAAUGGGCCUUGCAAGCAGGUGUGCAGAAUUAUUGGGGACACAGCCAUGUGCUCCUGCUUUCCUGGCUAUGCCAUCAUGGCAGACGGUGUGUCCUGUGAAGACCAAGACGAGUGCCUGCUGGGUGCUCACGAUUGUAGCCGGCGACAGUUCUGUGUGAACACCCUGGGAUCCUUCUACUGUGUCAACCACACAGUGCUCUGUGCCCAGGGCUUUAUCCUCAACGUGCACAGGAAGUGUGUGGACAUCAACGAGUGCGUGACAGACCUGCACACGUGCAGCCGGGGAGAGCACUGCGUGAACACAGUAGGCUCCUUCCGCUGCUACAAGGCUCUCACCUGCCAGCCGGGCUAUGCCCUUGAGGAUGGCGAGUGUACAGACGUGGACGAGUGUGAGCUGGGCACACACAGCUGCCAGGAGGGCUCCACGUGCCACAACACCAAGGGCUCCUUCUACUGCCAGGCCCGGCAGCGCUGCAUGGAGGGCUUUCUGCAGGACCCCGAGGGCAACUGUGUGGACAUCAAUGAGUGUACGUCGCUGUCUGAGCCAUGCCGGCCUGGCUUCAGCUGCAUUAACACCGUGGGCUCGUACACGUGCCAGAGGAACCCGCUGCUCUGCGGGCGAGGCUACCACGCCAGCCAGGACGGGACCAAGUGUGUGGAUGUGAAUGAGUGUGAGACCGGCGCACACCACUGCGGGGAGGGCCAGGUGUGCCACAACCUCCCUGGUUCCUACCGCUGUGACUGCAAAGCUGGCUUUCAGCAGGACCCCUUCAGUCGGACCUGUGUGGAUGUGAACGAGUGCUGGACCUCGCCUGGCCGUCUGUGCCAGCACACGUGUGAGAACACGCUCGGCUCCUAUCACUGUUCCUGUGCCUCUGGCUUCCGGCUGGCUGCUGACGGCAAGCACUGUGAAGAUGUGAAUGAGUGUGAGGCCCAGCGCUGCAGCCAGGAGUGCGCCAACAUCUAUGGCUCCUACCAGUGCUACUGCCGCCAAGGCUACCAGCUGGCCGAGGAUGGCCAUACCUGCACAGACAUCGACGAGUGUGCUCAAGGAGCCAGUAUCCUUUGCAACUUCCGCUGUGUCAACGUGCCAGGGAGCUACCAGUGUGCAUGCCCAGAGUCGGGCUACACCAUGACAGCCAACGGGAGAUCCUGCAAGGAUCUGGACGAGUGCGCACUGGGCACCCACAACUGCUCUGAGGCCGAGACUUGCCAUAACAUCCAGGGCAGCUUCCGCUGCCUGCGCUUUGAGUGCCCUCCAAACUACGUUCGAGUCUCCGAAACGAAGUGUGAGCGCACCACGUGCCAUGACAUUCUGGAGUGCCAGAACUCACCGGCUCGCAUCACGUACUACCAGCUCAACUUCCAGACCAGCCUCCUGGUGCCGGCUCACAUUUUCCGCAUCAGCCCAGUGCCCGCCUUUGCAGGGGACACCAUUGCCCUCACUAUCACCAGAGGCAACGAGGAGGGCUACUUUGGCACACGUCGGCUCAACUCCUACACAGGCCUCGUCUACCUGCAGCGGUCAGUGCGUGAGCCGCGGGACUUCGCUCUGGAUGUAGAGAUGAAGCUCUGGCGGCAGGGCUCCGUCACCACCUUCCUGGCCAAGAUGCACAUCUUCUUCACCACCUUCGUCCUGUGAGGCACCCUCCGCACCACCCUCCAACGCUCCUCUCUGUGCGCACUCAGCACCGAGUGCGUGGGGCCGGGUGAUUGGGCCAGUCUUUGCUACAGCUGUAAAUUAACUUAAUUUUACCGACUUGAUUCCUCUUGGGUUCCUGGUAGGGAUCUUGUCAGCGGGAGCUGUAGGGAAGCUUUGAAAGCCGUUCAAGGUCACUUCAAGUGCUCUGUAGGUGGACUGAGAGGACCAAAGGCUAGAAGAUGACCAAAAACUGGAAAGAGAGACCAUGUUGUGGCUUUUGGACUCAACUGGAAGGCCUGUCCCCAAAGUUGAUUUUUCAUUUCAUGUUUCACUGUGAUUACUUCUUUACUUAAAAAAAAUUCACUUUAAAUGUU